AUGUGGAAAUAUUUUACGGAACGUGGAUUUACGGAAAAGAAAAAGAAAUGGAUAGAUAUCUUACCGAAUCUCGUUAAUUCCUACAAUUAUUCCAAACAUCGAACCAUUGGUAUGAAACCUGCCGUGGUCAACGAAGAAAAUAAAGACAAAGUCUGGACAAAACUUUACGGUUAUCCGUUAAGUCAUUUUCUAGAACCAAAAUUUAAAGUGGGGGAUCGUGUAAGAGAUAUGAUCUAUCGUGAAAAAUUUGAUAAGGGAUACACACCAAAUUAUAGCGAUGAUAUUUAUGUGGUCUCGGAAGUAUUUCGCGGUGAUCCAAACAUGUAUAAAAUCAUAGAUCCCGACGACAAGGAAGAGGAAGUCCUAGGAAGAUUUUACGAAUCCGAAUUAUCACUGGAUUUAAGUAGUAAAUAA